AUGGCUACGAAACAAAAUGAUGUAAUUGAUAAAUUCUCAUAUCUAUCAAUUAAAACACAACAAGAGACAGAAACUAACAGUGAAAUCAAUUCUCUUUGGUUGAUACCAUAUUCAUUCAAGUGUGGCUAUUCAUUUCAGUGUCCAUUAACAUUCAAACAAUUAAUUGAUCGACAAAUGAGCCAAAAAUAUUUUCAAGAAAUAUUAACUGUGACUGAACAAAAUAAUAAAUUUUAUGAUUUUCAUAUGCGAUUACGCUCACAAGGUCAGUAUGGUUUAACGGUAGAUUUCAUAUACAAGAAUGCUGAUGAUCAAUCAGGUCCAAUUAAGGAUGACGCAUGUAUUUCGUGUGAUAUGAACAAUCAAUUAUCACAACUGAGUUUGAUUAGACAAAAUCCAACAACAUAUAUUUGGUUAGAUACACAACUGAGAAAUAAAUUGAUUGUUACACCCCGGCGACAUAUUGAGCGAUUAUCAAAUAUGACAAAGGAAGAAAUGGCACAGUUCUGGCAUGAUACGCAAGUCGUUUUAGAUGAAGAAGGAUGUGAUUGGCAAAGUAUGGUUUUAAAUCAUGGAAAAUAUCGAGAGCAUGUUCAUCUGCAGAUGAAAAUUAAUAUCGAACAACAUCAAUGGAAUCAAUAUAUCAAAAAGAAAUAUGAAAAGAAAAUACAACAAAUGCAACAUUUACUCAAAUACAAUGAAAAUAACCCUAUAGAAACUUACGUUGGUCAUCAGGAGUUUAAUCAAUGGAGUAAAAUAAGAAGCAAUCAACCAAUGAGAAAAACAUGCACAGAUAUGAAAAGAAAAUGA